AUGGACAGGCUGUUCGACAAAUUCCCGCACUCCGACAAGAAAAGAGAGUACGAGUUUCUGGAAACGCUUGGAGCAGGCUCGUUUGGUACUGUGCGAAAGGCUGUGGUGAAGAAAACAGGCAAGCCCGUGGCCGUCAAGAUCAUUCUCAAGUCUCGGCUCAAGGGCCAUCUGGACGCCGUUCUGCGCGAAAUCAAGGUUCUCGAGACCAUCCGGCACGACCACAUAGUCCGGCUGCUGGACUGGUUCGAAACAAAGCACAAUUUCUACAUCGUGACCCAGCUGGCGACAGGAGGCGAGUUGUUCGACAGACUCAUCAAGAAGACCUCCUUCACCGAGUCCGACGCCUGCAACAUCGUUUACCAGCUGCUCACGGCCAUUGAUUACUUGCACAGCCACGGAAUUGUCCACAGAGACAUCAAACCGGAAAACGUGCUGUAUCUCACGCCGGACGACCAGUCGCCCGUGGUGCUUGCGGACUUUGGUGUCUCGAGACAGCUGGGAGAGGCCGCCACGGAGAAACUCACCGGAGUGGCGGGCUCGUACGGCUACAUUGCUCCCGAGAUCUAUGCAUCCGAGGGCUACGGCGAGCUGUACGGGCUGGGAAAAGGCGGCUACACCAUGUCCUGCGAUAUAUGGUCUUUGGGCAUCGUUACGUUCAUUCUGAUAGGAGGCUACUCGCCGAUCCGGGCCGAGACGCCAGAGGAGUUUCUCGACGAGGUGCGCAGCAACAAUUUUGUGAUUUUCCACCACAAGUAUUGGCAGCAUAUUUCCGACAACGCAAAAGACUUCAUUCUCAAGAGUCUGGACAUCGACAACCGUCGCAGGCCUUCCGCGGCCCAGCUGUUGCAACAUCCGUGGAUUCUCAUGCACCUGGCCCAACAGGAGCCCGCAAACGAGGCCAACAUCAUCGGAAACAUCCGCGAGGGCUUCAAUGCUCAGGACAAGCUGCGCAAGGCAUUCCGACUUGUGCUUAUCCGCAACAAGCUCCAGAAAUUGCACGAGCUGCGCGAGGCGAGCGACUCGAGUUUCGAGGAAGGCGAGGAGGAUUUCAUUUUCCAUGGCAACUCGACCGAUUCGCAGUUAAUGGAGAACUUCGACAAAAUGAACAUCAAGAAACAGCAGCCUGACCCGCAGAAAAUCAAGAGCGAGACGCUGCAGGCCACGUUCCACAACAUCGUCAAGGCAGCGCAGAUCAGCAAGGACGAGAUCCGCAAAUUCCAGGAGGAACAGGGAUAGUGGCUACCUGUGGAGACGCGAGACCUCCGUCUUCAAGAUGCGAUCGUAUUCGGUCAUGGCGAGCGAGUUGAGCAGCUGGCCGAUUUUUUUAGCCUGCUCCUCGGACUGCGACUCUUUUUCCGAUUCAUAGCGAUGUAGCAUGGUUUCUGGGGCUCCCGUCGAGCUCGCCGAGUUUGGCGGCCCUACGCUUUUUUUCACAACAGGCUUUAGUCGACUAAUUUGUUUCGAGACGUGGCCAAUUUUAUUUAUCUCCAGCAACUGGUCCUGCUCCGGCGCCUGCACCAGAUGUUUGUACCAGAAUUUUGAAUUUAGACUCUCGAAAACCUGCUCGUCUUUCUCCGACUUGAAUAUGCUCACGUCCAAAGAGUAGUACUUGUCUGCGUGGUGGCCCAGGUCGCGUUUUGCUGACUUGGGUUGCUGCGUCUCCAGCAUCGCAAGAUGCUCAGGGUAGUAUGUGCGAAACGCUCCGAUAUCCACAAACCCCUGUUUCCGCGACUUCUCCGGGUCGAUCACGACAGCGACGUACGGAUCCUGGAAUCCCUGGUUCAGUUCCUGUGUCUUGACAUCAAUUCCAGAUAGCCAGCAGCCAAAGCCAGGGUGAGAGUGGUACCAGCCAACAAUGUUCUCCGACCGAUUGGACUGUUUCUUCUGAUGUUCCAGAAAUUGUAGCAUAAACUCGUACGCCUCGUUGAGCGGGUUCACACGGCUCUCGGUUCCCUGAACGGGAAGAGGAUAGCUGUCCAGGACAACGAUGUUGCCGUCGAAAAUCUUGCCCGUCAUCAUGCCCAUGAUCUCGAUGGACCCGCCUGAGCGUGCAUGGAGACACAUCUUCAUC